AUGAUGGAGAAUCAAAAUAUAGCCUCGGAUGAAAUUUAUAGUGAACGGAAUUUAGGCAGAGGGUUCCGGGAACUAGAGCUACAGUCUCCCGAAGCCAGGAAUGGAGCGAGUGGCAUUCCGGCCCGUAGAGCUACCACAAUGACCCAUCAGGAUCCCACAACAACAGAGAGCCCCACCCCUGGAAGCUCUACUAGUUUGCAAACCAGUCAAGGAGUUGCUGCUGGUAGAAAAACAACUAGAAAGAAAAUAAAUUGGAGCAAAGAAAUGAAUUGUAACGUAGUAAAAGCAUUUCUAUUCGUUAACGAAUGUAGGGAUGACCCACUUCCGGGGUGGAGACAAAAAUUACACAUGGAAUUUAAACAACGGCAUUCAGAACUUGAGCUCACGGAACAAAACCUAGCUGAUCGACUGAGAUUGAUAUAUAGGAAGCAAAUGGUAGCACUAGCUGAAAUAGAUGAAAUCAGACGUAGCGUUGGAAGAGAAAUCCACAACUCAGAGGAAGGUGAAAGCUCAGUUAUGUUAGCUGUACAUGAAAGUGACACACCACAUGAAACUUGCCAGACAAAUGAUACACCACAUGAAUCUUGCCAGACUGAAGCAGAAGAAAAUAGAGCAGCAGCUGCAUGCAAAUUGAAAGACAAUUACCAGCUAUUUGAAGAUACCAACCCCUUAUGUAGACCAUACCUUCCAAAACUAAACAUCAAGAAAGAAACCUUUAAAAUCAUAGAAGUAGUGAAUGAUGCUCUAGAAAAAUUAGUGGCUAGUGUUGACGACCUUGAUGAACUACAUCGAGCCAUAUACGCUGCAGCCAUCACGGUCCUUGAAAUAAACCAACAACAACCCUACACUACAGAACUAACAAAAAAAUCUAAAAUACAGAAGCAACCUGCUUGGAAGAAUAGACUACUAUCCCAAAUAGACAAAUUAAGAGCAAAGGCGGACGUGAUACAUGAAUACAUCAACGGAAAUACAAGCAGAAAAGUAAGGCAUAAGAUAGAGGAUAUUCUUAAAACGAUCAAGCUCGAGAAAUCUGACCCAGAAUUCAACCGAAAACUUACAUGCUUUAGAGAUGAGCUUAGACAAAAAUUUAAAAAGUGA